AUGGUUAUAGUUAGUGUUGUACAUAUAUGUGGAUGUAUUUGGCAUGGAAUAGCAUAUUAUAAUACUUCUUAUUCAUGGUUGGAUGCUUAUAAUUUAAGAGAUAAAUCAAAUGCAUCAUAAUAUAAUGUAGCUAUUUAUUGGGCUACUAUGACAAUGACUACAGUUGGAUAUGGAGAUAUUACAGCUAAGAAUGAUUUGGAAUUACUUAUUAACAAUUUAACUAUGUUUAUAGGAUCUAUAGUUUUUGCAUAUUCAGUUAAUAGUAUUGGAAUAUUUGUAUCGAAUAUGUACAAAGGAACUAUUGAAUAUAGUAGAACAGUUAGUUUAAUAAAUACAUAUAUGAGUAAAAAUAAGAUAUAAUUUGAAUUAUAAACAAAAAUAAGGAGUUAUUUGGAAUAUAUAUGGUAAGAGGAAUAAGAGAUGAAUGAUGAUGAAGUAGGAUCGAUUGUUAAUAAAUUAAGUAAACAUUUAUAAGAUGAAUUAUAAUAUUAAUUAAGAGGGAACAUUUUAAAGAAUUGUAAAAUAAUAAUGAAGUUAUUUUCUGAAUCUUUUAUUAAGAGUUUAUUACAUUAUAUGGAAGAAUAAGCAUAUUCUCCUGAAGAAAGAAUUAUUACUGUAAAUAUUGUUAUAUUAUAUUUAAAGAUUAAUGAAUUGGAUGAUUGUUCACUUUAUAUUAUAACAAAAGGUGAAGUUGAGUUAAUAUUUGAAGGUAAUUAAAUAAAAGAAAAAAUAAAAAGGAAUACAUUUUAAAAUUACCAUUAAUUUGAUUAUUUUGGAGAAUUAGAAUUAUUUACUGGGAAUCCUAGAAAUGCUACUGCUAUAUCAAAAGGAUUCACAAGAGUAUUUAAAAUAUAAAGAGAAAAGUUUUUAAAUAUUAUCUCUUCUUAUCCAGAUGAUUAUGAAAAAUUUUGUGAAAUAAGAGAUCGUAUUUAAAAUGGAGAUUAUGGAGCCUUGUAUCUUAAUUGUUUUAGUUGUUAAAGUAAUACUCAUUUAAUUCAAAAUUGUAAUUAUUUACAUUUUUGUGCUGACAAAGAAAAAGUUAUUAAAAAAGAGUAUUAUCCAGUUAAACAAACAAGAAAUUAAAGAUAUUCUAGAAAGUAUCUUGGUAAAUAUCAUGCAUGGAUUAAUUUUUAAGUUAAUUCAAUUCGUGGAGAAGAUUAUUAAAAUGAUGCAUAAGUUAAAUUUUAAGAAGAGGUAGAUUCACAUACUUUAUAAAUGAAUGAUGCAUAUGAAGAUGAUGAUGGAUAGAUAGAAUAAGGUAAAUUAUAAAAAUGAUGAUAUUUUAGUUGAAAUUAAAUCUUUAAUAAAUGAAAAAAGUGUAUCUGGUACAAUUAUAUAAAAUAUUGAUGAUGAAGAAGGUCAAAAAUCAAUUAUUAAUUAUUAAAGAAAAUCUAAUUAACCUAAAUCAACAUUAUAAACUGCAGGAUUUGGUGGUGGUUUAACUAAAGAUUGUAAUCAUAAUCUUAUUAUAUUUAGCAUAUAAAGAAGAUUAGAUUUAUUCAGAUAACUCUUCUGAAAAUUAAGAUUAAUUUAUUGUAUCUAUUCCAAAACCAUAAAUUAACUUAGUUCAUUAGAAUAAUCCUUAACAUUCUCUAUCUUUAACAAAACCAUAACUUAAAAAGUAAUUAUCAAGAAGUGCAUCUAAUGAUGAUCACAAUAUUCACACACAUAGAAUGUCAAUUGAUUAAAAAUUCAUAACACUUAUACCAUAAAAAUCAGAUAUGGAUCUUAAAAAUCUUACAAAUAAUGCUAGAGUAUAAAUUAAAAGAACAACAACAAAUAAUAAUUAAACAUACAUUACAGAGAAUAAUACACAAAACAAUUAACAUUUCAGUAUUCAAACAAUUGCUCCAAUGUUACCUGGCUUUGAUAAAAUGCAUAUCUUUUUAAUAUAUCAACCUUAAAAUAAUUAUGAUUUUGUUAUAAAGAGGUAAUUAAUUUACUAAUUCUAAUUUUUAGAUAUGCAAAAGUUUAAAGAUUUUUUGGUAAAAAAAGAUUAUAUCCUGAACAUUCUCUAUAUUCAUUCUUCUUUACUGCUAUUAAAAAAGGUUGGAAAUUAAGAAGACUUGGAGAAUAAAAUAAAAAUGCAAAAAGUCCAAUUAUGAUGAGAAGUCUCAGGAAAAUUCCAAAACCUUAUUAAGGUAUUUAUAAAUAAAGAAGUAAUUUUUUCAAAGAAGUUAAUUGA